AUGUCUACUGGAACUAUGGACGAGGGUAGAGAGUCCGUGUAUAUUGUUGCAGUGGACGAUGAUAUGAAGACGCAUGAAGAUCACGAGACACUGGAAGAGUCCAUCGCACCUACCCGCCAUGAAGAGUACUAUCUUGACGAUGGAAACGUUAUACUGCUUGCAGGAGAUGUACUCUUCAAAUUACAUCGCUCUCUGCUCAAAAAACACUCGCCCGUUUUUCGUGGCAUGUGGAUGAUGCCAACAAGUGUAGACCAUACGGUGCCCCUCGAAGGGGCCUCCGAUGACAAUCCAAUCGAUAUCCAUACUGCUGCAAGAGAUUUUGAGAGAUUCCUCUGGAUCCUCUAUCCACCUGAACUCGGCUCAUAUAGGGCGACCACUGUUGCAGAGUGGUCCUCGAUUAUCGAACAAGGUGCGAAGUGGCAAGUGGCAAGUCUCAAGGCCCAAGCUGGCCGUAAACUAGCCCAACUCCCUAUGGAUUCCGUCGAAAAAGUCCAUAUCUGGAAGAAAUACGGCCUCACUGAAGGUCGGGAGCAGCUACUGGAUGCGUACAUUGACCUCGCUAUGCGGGAGCGCAGCUUUAACUGUGCCGAAGCUAUAGCCGUCGGGGUCGUCAAUUUGACGCGGAUAUCGGAGGCUCGUGACGAAUUGCAUCGGAAAACAUUAUGCCGUUGCUGCUACCAGGGGAAAUGGGACGCGGCCAAUCCUAAGCUGAAAAUGAAACUCGAAGGCAUUGUGAGAGACGUCGUCAAGAAGGUAUUCCAAGUUUCAGAGCCCACUCUCGAGUGA